AUGUCGAGGACGGAAGUAAGGACUAAGGAUAAGCUGCUCGAGAUUAACGGAGUAAAGCCAAAAGUCAUCCUCCCCGACGGCACCACCCUCAAUGCCACCUCCGAGUCCUCAGAUAGACUGUACACCAUGAAGCGCACCGGCGACCACUACUACUGCACCUGCCCCGCCUGGCGCCGCGCCGCCGGCGCUGUCAACAGCCGCACCUGUAAGCAUUUGCAAUCCCUCUUCGGCGUCGGGUACGAAGAGGCGCGGCUGGAGCUCACCAACCCCAGCACCACCUCCGCCUCCACACCCAAUAGCAGUCUGAAGCGUAAAGCGGAAGACCUCGAGGCGGGCGGCAAAGGGAAGGGGAAGGCCAAGGCCAAGGCCGCGGCGGACGAGGAGAGUACUGCCGACGAGGAAGAGGAGGAGGGGGAAGAGACGGAGGACGAGGUUGCCACGGAGGAGGACGUGGCACCGCGGGGUGGGCGGAGGCUGGCGAAGAGGGCUAGUCCGGAUGAUGAUGAUGAGGAGGAGGAGGAUGAAGAGGAGGAGGCGGCAAGGCCGGCGGUGAAGAGGGCGAGGGGGGAGAGGAAGGUGAAGACCGGCGUGGUGAGUGAUGAGGAGCUUUCAAAUGCUGGUGCUGGUGCGAAGCCGGCGCGGAGUGCGGCGGGUAGUAGUAGUAGUAGUGCGGCGGGUGUGGCAAGGCCGAAGCGGAAGGUGGAGCCCGUGCAGAGGCUGGCGAAGGACGUGAGCUUCAAGCCGCUGCUGGCCGAGAAGUGGGACAUUGAGAAGGGGAAGGACCCGAAGGGCUACCUCAUCUCGGAGAAGCUGGACGGCGUGCGCGCGUACUGGAAUGGGAAGAAUUUCCAGAGUCGCGAGGGGAACCCGUUUUAUGCGCCCGAGUGGUUCACGAAGAAGAUGCCGAAGGAUAUCUGCCUCGACGGCGAACUCUUCACCACCCGCGGCGACUUCCAGAAAUGCGUCUCCAUCGUGCGCACGCAGAACAACCCGGACGCAUGGAAGUUCAGCGUCAGCUACCAGAUCUUCGACUGCCCGAGCAAGGGCGACGAGCCGUUUGAGGACCGCAUCGCGUUCGUUCAAGAGACAUUCAAGAAGCUGCGCAUCCGCUGGGUACACGUGCUCGCGCACACCGAGUGCAAGAGCCGCAAGCACCUGCUCGACAUGCUCGACGACAUCUGCGCAAAGGGCGGCGAGGGGCUGAUGCUGCGCGAGCCCGGGUCGGCGUAUGUCAAUGGGCGCAGCAAGACGCUGCUCAAGGUGAAGAGGUUUUUGGAUGCGGAUGCGAUCGUGAGGGGCCAUGAGAGGGGAACGGGGAAGAAUGCGAAUUGUACGGGCGCGCUGAGGGUCGAGAUGUUGGAUGCGAAGGGGAGGCCGACGGGGAAGCUGUUUAAGAUUGGGAGUGGCUUGACGGAUCAGCAGAGGAGGAGCCCGCCGAAGAUUGGCGCGACGGUGAUUUAUCGGUAUCAGGAGCUGUCGAAUAGUGGUACGCCGAGGUUCCCGACGUUUGUGGGCGAGAGGGCGGAUUAG